GCCCCCCCCCAUGGGGAGAUGAUUAGGGAGGGUGUCUGGGUCCGCUGCAGCUGUUAAAUACCACCCCUGGAGCAGGUCAUAUUUCAUCCGUGUUGCAUUGGCAACUGGAGAGGAAGAGUGUGCUUGUGUGCAGGAGAGAUGGCAGAAGCAAAUCCCCCGAGAGGCAAGAUGAGAUUCAAAAGGAAUGCGUCCUCUUUUCCAGGGAACUUGCAUUUGGUAAUGGUCUUGAGACCUACAAGUUUUAUCCAACGCACUUUCACAGACAUUGGCUUUCGGUUCAGUCAAGAUGAUUUCAUCCUCAAAUUGCCGGUUGUAAUGCUGAGUUCUGUCAGUGACUUACUGAGUUACAUUGAUGAGAAGCAGUUAACCCCUGAGUUUGGAGGCACCUUGGAAUACUGUCACAGUGAAUGGGUUAUCUUCAGAACAGUUAUUGAAAAUUUUGCCCUGAAUGUGAAGGAAAUUGCACAGUUAUUGCAGUCCUUUGGGACUGAGUUGGCUGAGACCGAACUGCCAGAUGAUGCUUUUGCCAUUGAGCAACUAUUGACAGUCCGUAGUGAAAAAUAUUUUCAAUUGAAGGCAGAGAUUGUAAGUGUUAGGAAAGAAGGAAAUAUGCUGCUGAGGACUUUUGAAGUGCCUAACACCAAAGAAUCAGAAGAGGAACCUCCUGGAGAAAAGCCCGGAGAUUGGGAAACUGUUAAUAGAUUACUUGCUCAACUGCACGAGAUGGAAGUGGCCUUUGAUGAAUUUUGGGAUAAGCACCAACUCAAGAUGGAUCAGUAUGUACAACUCUGGAAAUUUGAACAAAAUUUUCUAGAGCUUAAGGAUGAUAUUGAAUUCUUGAUGGACCAGCAUGCCACCAUCCCCAGUACUGGAGAAAACACGGCAGAUGUGAAGCAAAGGCUCACAGAACUGGGGACCUUGGAUGAGAUGGCUAAGGAUCUGAUUGGGAAGGCCCAACUUCUGAUACUGCAUGGGCACCAACUUGCAGCCAAUCACCACUAUGCCGUUGACUUAAUCUGCCAGAGGUGCAAUGAGUUAAGACACCAGACAGAUGUAUUGUCCGAAGAGCUGAAAGCCAAAGAGAAGAAGCUCUCCAAGACCUUGGAACUCCAGAAUCGGCUGCGCCAGGCUCUCCUGUGCUGUGAUGAGGGGGCCUAUCUCCUUGCUAAUCAGCCGAUGGAUAAAUGCCAGGCAAAAGAAGGUGCUCAGAGAGCUCUUUAUGACAUCGAGAAGUUCCUUGAUGUGACUCUCCCCAAUUUAAAGUAUGAUCCUCGUGUCCUACAGCGGGAAUUUGAGGUCAUUUUGACUCCCGAACUCAAGGCUCAGAUUCAGGCCGUCCACGUCAAGCUGGAAAGCAUUCGCAACAUGUUCCAGAACCGGCAGAAUUGUUUCCGGAAGAUGACAGAUAAGCAUUCCCGGCCCGUCCAACUUGUGGCGCCUCGGCCCGAGCACGCAGGCAGAUCCAAAUCGCCGCUGUUCUCACCCAAACACGGGAUGGACUUUAACUCUUCCUUGAAAUUCUCCUUUGAUCUCUCUCUUCCUGGGAAGAAGUCAAGAAAAACUCAGAACUCACGAAAAAUUGAAGUGAUGCAUGAUUAUGAAGAGAAGAGAAAUUCCUUACCAUAUAUUAUUUCAGAGAGCGAUGACAGCUUGAAUGUGCUUAAAAGCCAUGUCAUAAAUGAACUGAUAGAGACAGAGAGAGUGUAUGUGAAUGAACUGUUCACUGUCUUGAUGGGCUACCGAGCAGAGAUGGACAACCCCGAGAUGCUGGAGCUCAUCCCACCUGCCCUGAGAAACAGGAAGGACAUUCUCUUCGGGAACAUGCCUGAAAUCUAUGAAUUCCAUAGCAAGAUUUUUCUGCACAGCCUGGAAGGCUGCCUUGGAGUGCCACAACGCGUGGGAUUCUGUUUCCUGGAAAGGAGGAAUGAUUUUCAGAUCUAUGAGAAGUACUGUCAGAACAAACCCAGAUCUGAACUACUUUGGAGACAGUACUCAGAAAGUCUCUUUUUCCUGGAAUGCCAAAAGAAGCUAGAACAUAAACUUGGCCUGGACUCCUAUCUGCUCAAACCAGUGCAACGCCUGACAAAAUAUCAGUUGCUUCUGAAGGAGUUACUCAAGUACAGUGGUAACUGUGAAGGCAUCCAGCAGCUCCAGGAAGCCCUUGCUGCAAUGUUGGACUUACUGAAGUCAGUCAAUGAUUCAAUGCAUCAGACUGCCAUUACUGGCUAUGAUGGUAACCUAAGUGACCUGGGCAGGGUAUUAAUGCAAGGAUCCUUCAGUGUUUGGAUUAGUCAUAGAAAAGGUACCACCAAAAUGAAGGACUUUGCCCGAUUCAAGCCCAUGCAGCGCCACCUUUUCUUGUAUGAGAAAGCUAUUGUGUUCUGUAAGAGGAGAGAUGAACAUGGAGACGGACAUGAGCGAACUCCCUUCUAUAGCUUUAAGCACUAUUUGAAAAUGAGUGCCGUUGGAAUCACUGAGAAUGUGAAAGGAGAUAACCGCAAAUUUGAAAUCUGGUACAGUGGGCGUGAAGAAGUUUACAUUGUGCAGGCCCAGACCAUGGAAUCAAAGGUAGCCUGGUUGGGCGAAAUAAGGAAAAUUUUGAUUAAGCAACAAGAACUUAUCAAAGUUGAGAAGCAGCAGCAGAACCAGGCUGUGGACCCAAUUCCAAUUGUUCCUCAGCUGACUGAUGGAAUACAGCAGCAAGUCUCUGUAAGCUCUGAAGAAAACGAAUCUGAUCGCACGAGCCCCGUGACAUUGGACAAUUUGGUUCUGUCUCCUCAGACUAAAACAAGCAAAAGUUCCUCAAGGACAUCACUGACCGUGGAACUUGGUGAAAGCCUGGAAGAAUGGGUUAACAGUGGCUUCCUGUUGGCUUGUUCAGACACAGAGGAGGAAGAUGGGAGCCAAUUGUCUCCAAGAAUGUAUAAAGCCCUUAGAGAAUGUGAGAAGAAAGAAUCGGAUGAUCAGCUGGUUAAAAAUGGGGAUGCCUGUUCACUCCUACAUGAGGAUGGUGAGGCAGAAGGGUCGAUGAAAAAUCCAAAUGGAAGAAAAGAAGGUGUGAUUCCGGGGGAGAGUUCACAGAGUGUAAUCUGGGACAGUAGGGUUCGGAAGGCCAAAGUUGAAGGUAUUAUAAAACUGAAAAGAGGGCGCCAGAUGCAUUUCAAGACAACGACAGGCUGAAUUCAAGACUUAUUUUACUUUAAUCAGUCUCCACCAGCUAGAGCAAAAGUCACCCUUUGGGAGUGACACUGGGCCCACCUUUCCCUCUCUACCUCCCCACCCCAAAGCAAAUGCUUUGUAAAUGAUUUACAUUUUCCCCAAAUCCAUUGGUCGCUGCUGUUGACUCUAGCACUGGGCAAAAGAGGUGUGUGGAUCCCAAUCUGAUCAGCUCUCUGCUUGAAGAGAGAAGGGAAGAAGAGAGGAUGGUUGUGUCCUUGCAAACAGAACAGCGAUCAAAAUGCGUGUUUUACAGCCGUUUAGAUCAUCGUGCUUCAAUCGGCUUGUUAUUAAGCAAUACAGUAUUAACAAAGAAUGCCAGCCAUGGACUAACCGCAAAAUGGGCGAAUGCCUGCCUCUGUGCUCAGGUCACAAACAUUUGCUCUAUUUCUCUUGUGACCUUCAUGGGGUGUGGACGUUCAUCUUGAAUAGAAAGAAUCAGAGUUGCCUUUUCCAUAAUAUCAGCAUUUUCAAUGUAUUAAAAGAGCCAGAAGGUCUGAUCUUGAACUCAGGAGAAAAUUAAUUACAUUAAUUUUUAGUGCAAUUCAAUGCAGGGUCUAGGAAAUGAAACAUGUGAUGGCUUUUUAUUUCACCCCAUUCAUCACCAUAACUAAUCAGAGUAGCUUUGAGGGCACACGAGCACCUUUUUUCUAUCUAUCUUUCUUUCUUUGGUUUUGUUUUGUUUUAUAAAGUGUUUGCUAACAAAGAAAUUUAAAUCCACUUUGGGCCUGUGCUUACAGGCUUUGCAGGCUUUGCUUUGCAAAGACAAAUCCUCGAUUUUAAGCUCCCAUGUACUUUGGCAAAAAUGAUUUUUUUUUUUUGCUAACCAUAAUUAGUUUCCAUUGCAAUCACAAUCAGAUUAAUGGCAGGAAAGCAUAGCACAGUUACAAGAGUGCUAGAUUUGGAUCCAGAGUCCCUGGUUUCAAAUCUUCCCUCUGCCACUUACUAUCUGGGUGACCUUGGCCAAGUCACUUAACAUUUUUGAGCCUCAGUUUCCUCCUGUGUAAAACGAGGGGGUUAGACCAGAUGGUUUUUUACAUCACUUCUAACUCACAAUAAUGUGUUAGUACAAGCGUUGCAUUUUUUCCCCCAGUGUUUUAGAAAAUUGGGCUCUUUGUAACAAUUCAAGCAUCCUGGUGGUGAUCACCAUUCUACUAAGCAUUUAUUAAGCACCUCUCUUUACUCAAAAAUUGAGUGCAGAGGACAUAAUCUCUGCCCACCAGGAGUUUCUAAUGAGAUCUACCACACAAUGACAUUUUAGUUAUUAUUUGAAAAGCAGUAUAAGAAAGUGGUUGGGAGCCAGACUUGGAGAGAGGUGAGACUUUGGUUUCAAAUCCUGUCUCUGAUGCUUGUUCACUGUGUGACCCUGGGCAAGUCACUUUACCACUCUGAGCCUCAGUUUCUUCAUCUGUGAAAUGGCGAUAACAAUAACUGUAAUAUUUUCCUCACAAGGUUUCUAUGAGGAUUAGAUGAGAUUAUAUUUGUAAAGCGCUUUGCCAACUUUUAAGUGCUAUAGAAAUGCCAGCUAUUAUUGUUAAUAAUUAAAGAUAAGGUGCAUUUUCAACCUCCACAGCCAAACCAGUCGACUGAAAAUCAACCUCUUCAGUGGACUAUGGUAAAAUGAGAUUGGAUCACAAUGAUCCUGAUCAGGCUGUGCAGCCUCACAAGAAACUGUAUCUGACCAUUUGCUGAGUAUUGAAACAUUAGAAUUAAAAGCUUUUUCUAGU